AUGAUGGACCGAACGGAUGAGUUUGACUGCGACGCGCCAACCAAAGGCUCGUCGCCUCCGCAUGGGGAAGGUGGAGUGUCUCCGCCCCAUAACCGUGACGAGCGUGGAGUACCGUAUCGUUAUGACCAGCCCAUCCGAGGCACAAACCGCAGCCCCCCUCGCGACACAAGCGCCCGCAGUCAGGCGGAUGCUCUCCGCAGCAUCGCCCAAGAAGCAACUCCCCUCUCAAAGACGAGUGAAACAAAACGGUGGAUGGAUGGGGUGCCGAUCACACCCAUACCGGCUACGCAGGUGACGGUGCACCGCGCAGGACAGGAUACCGAGUGGCCGCGGAUCGGAAAUUUAAGCAGUGCGGCGUCGCUACUGUCAGCCGCCUCCUCGUCGUCCCUGACUGCACCUUCGGUCUCGGCCGCGACGCGAAGCAAGGCUGUUCUGCUGGACAACACAUCUUCAUCCGCCCCCCUGCACGGCCCAGGAGGUGACGUCGCCGCGCUGCGCUUCAAUCUACAGGCGCUGCUUCAGCAAGCCGCAUCCGGAGCGACACCUGGCGAGAGCAACGACAAGAAGCAGAGAAUCAGCCUCUGCAGCAGCAACAAAAGCACCGUGAACGCCGCUACCGACACCGCGUUCGCGCUCCCUCUGCCGCUGCAUUCCCCGCACGUCUCCAAUCCGAGUUCUCCCGAUCACUUUCAGCGAGCGCGCAGCCACAACGGCAGCAGCGCCGGUCUCCCGCCGCCGUCGCCGACGCCGCGCCCCAGCCAGAGUGGAGGCGGCAGCGGCGCCGACCCUUCUAUGCACUCCGCCGCCGUCUGGCCGCGCUUCCCACCUUCGCUCUCCUUGUCCCGCGAUGCGGUGAGCGUCGACGACAAUGUAAGGUAUCAGACCCCACAUAAGCCCCCUCCACGACAAGCAUCCGUCUCGAACGCAUCCAGCGGCGCAGUGAAUAGCGCUUCAAGAGAGUUCCGUGGCAAGGCCGUUGUGCGACCUGCGCCGUCAAAGCAGCGGUCCAAUCCACCUCGCUCACCAAGGAUGUCGGAUGAUCGUCUCGUGCGGGCGAUGGCCAUCGGCCAGCCGCAGGGAUUCAAUGCGUCGUUAUCGAAUUCUAAACUUCCAAGUGGGGAGCAUAAUCGCAGUCGACUUCGUGAAGAGGUGCGACAGGCGCGUACCCAACAGGAUUUCGAAACACAAUCCGAGCAGCUUGCGCGGCGGCUCGACGCGAAGCUUGAGCUGGUGUUUGAGCUUAUGCGACGCAUAAUGGUUCUGGAUGCACAACUGGUGGUCACCCAGGCGGUGCAGGACGAUAUUGACGUAGCGGGUGACUUCUCCCAAGCUCCGUUGCACGAAACUGGCGGCGAAAGAGAACAGGAGGUGACGGAAAUGGACGAGUACCGCGACGCGCUCGUGCGGCAGCUGGAGGUCGGCGAGGACGAGACCGUGUCCUGCACGCUGAGCUACGUGGAGCUGACGAAUCGUCACGCACUGCAGUGGAUGAAUGAGAAGCAGUUUUCUGCUGCCUUGAAUUUGCUGAAACGUGCGGAUGGGCUUCUGCGCAGAAACGCCGGUCGCGUGUUCCGCUACUUGCCAGACCCCGUGGAGUUGAGAGCUGCCCUCGUCAGCAGCACCAAAAACGCAGCGAUACCGCGCUGGACUGAAAGUGGUGGCUCGCGAUCGGGGUCGAUCUCGGAAGAGGCGAUGAAUGGUGCGUUGAACAGCGGACGUCUGGGCUCGAGCAAUGGACUGGCCAGCGGCAGCAAUCACAAAGACCAAGCUCGCAGCAUCAACGUUCCUUACUUCUCCCCCUCUCAGGAGCCGGCGCGACUGAAGGCAGCCGCGGCGGUGGAGCACAACCUCGGCAUUUACCACUUUAAAAUGAGCGAGUACGCCAGCGCAGCGUCGCGCUUUGCCCGUGCGGCGCUGCUCGAGGAGGAGCUGCACGCGCCGGGGAUCGGGAUUACGUACUUCAACAUGGCGCAGACGCAGCACGAACUGCGCGACUUGCCCAAGGCGCUGCAGUACGUGGAGUUGGCGGAGGAGGCGGUGGAGCGGCAGGUUUUUGCCGCCAAGGACGCCGCCACGCAGAGGCGACGGCAAUUGGCACAGGAUGGGGCCUUCACGGUGGCUGACCUGGCGAAGGACACACCUGCUGCGAUGGAGACGGAGGCGGAGGUGUUUUUGGCGGGCCUGAGUGUCUCGUCAGUGGACGUGUCGCGACGGAAAGGGACGGCGGCACAAUCCGUGAAAGGGCAUCGUUUCACUGACAUGCGCAGGAGCACCUCGACGGGCCCUGCACGCACCACGGCAACUUCUGAGCCGCAGCGCGACGCAGCGCGUGAGCGUGAGCUGCUGCAGUUGUGGGUGCGGUGGCGGGAAGGCGUCUGCUUUAUGUCGUGCGUGAAACAGUCGCAUGCGGAGUGGCUGGACGAAAUGGGCCAGUACAGGGCUUCUUCCCAGCAGUACGAGCAGGCGCAUUCUUGGCUGGUGUCGGUGCCCAACCGUGCGCCGGAGGAGCAGCGGCGAGCACAAAAACUGAAGGAGCACGCGACUAAGACAAAGCGAAAGUGGAGACGUGAAGAGGUGGAGUUGGAGCUGUACCGGCGUCCCGUCAACAGAGGUCAUGUCGGGAGCGACGCGAGGGCGACGAUGUCAUCCCACACGUGCCCGACACCCACCCACCACACUUCCAGUAAACCCCAACAGGCACCUCAGCAGCAGCGGCGGGAUUCUGGUCGGCCUCAUGCGUCUCCAGCGGGAGCGCACAACUGGCGUGGGACACCAACGCAGCUGCAUAGCACCGUCGUGACCUCUGUCUUGCCGCCCGCUGUUGAGGUGCUCGGCGCACGCGGGGAACGCCCCCCUCCAUGCUCGUCUCCUCAUUCUCCGCCACGCCGCUUUUCUGCCGCGUCGGCUGCCGUUCCGACAAACGCCGCAGGGCCACGCUGCACUCGCCCGAACAGCGCCAACGCGGCCUUGUACUCCGCGUACAUGCCUCCCCCUUCUCCGCCUUCCUCCUCACGCCGCAGUAGUGCUGGAGGAGAGCCCGUCCGGGGUGGGAAAGGGGCCACCGGUGCUGCGCCGUACUCGGCUCACCAUCCCCCGCUGCGGCCGCCCACGCAGCACGGUCGACCGGAGUGGAAUUCCUCGACUCACGUCCCGGCGCCACCGCCGGAGCGUCGUCCGACCUCCCGCCUCACCAGCGGCGCCAAUCGUCGGUGGAGCGCUGGCACAGAGUCUGCUGCCCGCCGCAGCCCCGACUGCGUCGCCACCGUCAUUUCUGUGCGUGCGAUGGACAACGAAUUCGACACCGUCGUUGCUGCCGCGUCGGCGACGGACACCCGACGUGCCGUGCAGCCACUGCCAGAGGAGAUGCCCCACCAAGUACAGUGGCCAGCCCAGCAGCAGCAGCGGCGGGAGAGACCACCGCAGAGGCGGGUGAGUGGAGGGCCGGCAGACAGUGCGGCCUCUACAGCUGCUGCGGUGUCUUCACACCAGGAAAGCGUGAUGCGCAGCUUACUGUUUGACGCGGAUGCCGAGGAAGUGACGACUCCCCCCGUUCGCUCGCUCACACUGCAGCUGUCGCAAGAUGGAGCACCGCUGGAGAUUGAAAUGGAUGAAAACGAGGCGGGAGGCGAUGAUGCGGCAAGCAGCGCAGAGGGAGCUGAGGACGACGACGAAGAACAGAGUUCGUUUGCGGGCGUGGGUGAGAAAAACGACGGGGAUGAAGAGGCAGCGGAUAACGACAAUGAUGAUGGGGACGAGGUGAGCACCACCUCCUCCUCCUCUGAGGCGGCUGCUGCGCUGGCGGAAGCGUCUCACCCGACGCCUCGUCCAUGUGGCGAUCUGACGUGGUGUGUAACCGUCUUGCAGGCCUUUUUGCGAUCUUGCGUCACCGCGAAACACCUGGAAGAGGCAGGUUUCAUCACGGAAGCUGCCCGUGCUGCAGCUGCGGCGGUGGAUGAUUAUUCCGCGCAUUCCAACCCGACGGAAGCGAUGGCGGCGACGCGGCGGCCGGAUGCGUCGGUGGGCCAAAACGGUGCGAGUGAUCACAGCGGCAACGCUGAAGAUGCCUCACAGGAAGUACGAAGGACGGAGCCUGAAGCUGAGGCUGACGGGGAGGAAGAGGAAGAGGAGGGCAAAGGAGGCAAUGCGAGAGCGACCUGUAAUAGUGCGGAGGUGGCUGCAAGCCAAGGAGCGCCUGUAGACGAUGCUGAUGCCGAUGACAUACGCAGUGCUCACGAGGAACGACCCGAUUGUGCACCGCCGGAGAGAGGACAGGAGAGCCACAUUUUGUCUCAAGCUCUGCCACCGCGGCCUGACUUCAGAGCUGACAUGGCCAGCAACGUUCAUCAUCGUGAAGAGGGCGAGCUCGCAGACCCGCGUGCGGCGGAAGAGUCAGCAGACGCCUCCUCAAGGCGUAAUACAGGCCCUGUGCUGAAGCAACACGUCAGCUCCGUGACAAAUUUGGCCGACUGCUCUCCUCUUGUGCCGAAAGACUCGGGCAACGCGAGUAGUCUGGAUCGGCGGAGCUUCCUUUCGGCGGAGGCGCUGGCGGAGUCGGGAAACGACGAGGACGAGGACGAUGACGACGGCAGAACAAACACCGCGCUGUCCGGUUCCUCCUCCUCCUCCGACCAGCGCGGAUCCGCUACGUCCUCAGCUUCUUCGGUAAAUUCUCCCAUCGCUGAACACGAGGUGUUUGCCGCGGCCGCUGCGGCCUUGCCCGUAGUGGAGGCUCCUGCUGAAGAAGAACCGACAAAACCGCCGUCCGCAGGGGUUCCAGAACACGUCGAAGACACCAGCAAGGAUCUAGAGGACGCAGCGGACCGCCACCGACUCCGUGAGGUCAUGUCGGAGAAGAAGGAGGAGGUGAGUCAGCACGACAACAACACAGAACGCGAAGAAGCAACGCCCCGGUGCGAGGACGCAACUUCUGCGAAUGCCGCACGCGAGGAGGAGGAGCAAGAGACCUCCCAGCAUUCGAGCCAGACCGCCGCCCAACGCGACGAGGACAUUCUCCACGGAGAGGCAACUGCGAUGGGCAACGGUGCGAGUGGGCGUGAGCCGAGAGGACGAGGUGAUGCCCCCCAAACGGAUGCAGGGCUGAACGACGAGCAUGAAAAAAACUUCCACAGCAACCCUCACAACAACGCUGCCAACGGUGACAAGGCCAGUGCAGUCGACGACGGCGUAGCGUCACCAUCCGACAACUCCGAAGAAGAUGCCCACCAGGAGCUACAGACCCUUCCAUCAGAGGUAAAGACAGAUGCUGAGGCCGUGCCUGGAAAGGCUGAUCUUGCGGAACGAGAAGAGGAGACGGAAACUCAUGGGCAGCCAGAGCGUCUUUCCUCCCUAAAUAACGUGGACGCAGCACCUCCGACCACGGACCCUCACCAAAGGCAGCCGCGGUCGUUCAAUCGUGCUCUUUCCGACGACAUCCCGGCGGCGGUGCACCUCCCUACCAGCUCUUCCUUCUCCCCCUGCUCCUCGGCGGAAGUCGUGGAGAACAAAAGCGGCCGGUCGAAGCUUCCAAACCCACACCUCUCCGCUGAUCGAGAGAUCCCCGACGAGGAUGGAGGCGACCACCUCACCGAUAACAAUCACCUUUCUUCUGCCUCUCGUGGCCAUCACGGCCACGACGCCACAUCUCUUGUCGAGGUGCCGCCAACGCCCACCGUCGAGGGCUUUGAGGACCCCCUCCGCACCGAGGACUCAGCUGCGGCGCAGCGGAGCGUGGAGCCACGGAAGAAACGGCACUCCUUCUGCAAUGAGGAGAUGGUGUUUCGGGUGGCCUCCGCGCGUAACGGAGACAGCGGAUCCCACGCCUCUCGCGACUUCGCGCACCUCGACGGAAAGGGGCAGCAUGACGCACAAAACGGAAACACCACAGGUGAUGAGGACGCACAGACGGAAGAAGUACUAAAAACUCCCCAAAACGUGCGUCGGCCGGCCGCAACAACGACUCCGCUCCGCGUUCAUAUCUUCGUAUUUGCGCCUCCUCGCGUUGCCACGUCGGCUACGUCGGAUAUGACACCACUCACCGUAUCUGCGCGCAGCGAGAACAACGAACCCAGUAUCUCGCGCGAUGCAACUGCUGCGGCACCGGCGGCCGGCUCCGCAGAAGUUGCCACCUUGGCCGCAUCGCCGGCCGUGCUCCCGAAUGUCACCUUCAGUCCCGCUGUCGAGGAGGCAGACGGAAGCCGAUCACUCGUGCACCUGUCGCCCACCCUCACCACGGGCUCCCUCGACGCGCAGCUCUCCUUCACCGAGUCCUACUACUGCGAGGUGUCGCCCGAGGUGGAAUGCAUGGGUCGUCGCAACGGAUCGAGCAUCUCCACCACCACCCAGAUCUCUCAGUUGCGGGCGAGCCUGUGGCGCAGCUUGCACGAGCGUGGAGAGGUGAAGGUGGGAGACGGCCUGUUCCACAGUUUACGCUCCCCGCUGAGGCAGAUUACUGGCCCGUUGGCGUCUGCCCAUGUCAUGGUCGCUGCGGCCGGCCCGCGGGCAGGCGUCUCCGUCGCCUCGACGACGGCGUCCGCAGCAGCAGUUGCUGUGGCAACCGAUCCGCCGGUUGCCAUUGCUUCCGCCGUCGAGGUGACCGCAGACGCGCCAUUAGACAGCAACGACGACAAGACAGAGGAGUUGCUGUCCUUCCAGCAGCUGCUAAUAUCGAAUCACGGCAUCGAUAUCGGCGACGCGGACGCCCCGCCGCUUCGCGCGCCUGCGCGACCAUUCAUCAAGACGUCGCCUGCAGCGCCGGUGAAGGAGGCGGACGUGCUACCUGCGUGUGCAACGGCGAAGGCGGCAGGGGAGAACGCCGCUCAUGCCGCCGCACCCACUGUGGUGACGGCGGAGGUCGCCGUGAUGCAGAAGACGGAUGCGGCUGAAGGGCGGAAGGCGGAGUCCACGCAGUCCUCCCGCUCCACGUCGUCUUCUCCCACGUCGGGCGUAGUGGGUGAAGAAGGCCCAGAGAAGGAGGAAGCGGUGCAGUUCCCUGAAAAGAACGACGUACCCAGUCUUCCGUCGUCGAAACGGCAUUCAUCCGACCACAAUGGAGCCAACAGCGCACUCGUUGAAAGGGAAGACAGAGUAUAUAAACUGGAUUGCGCGGAGGACGCUGUGGCGCCUCAUAUGCGCUGCGCUGCCAUCUUGGAAAGCGAUGCGAACACCGAAAGGAACGCUUUUGCGCGGCAGGAUGAGGAUGAAAGCCAGCACGCACAAGAAGCCGCGCCAACACCCACAGCAGACAGCGCGGCCCUGCCUCUGCCGACGCUGUCACCACUCUCACCGGGAGAAGAAGAAAAGAAUGCACCGAACAAGACGGCCAGAUCGCCGUCGCCCACUCGGGCCCUUUCUCUUGGCGACGGUAACGCAUCAGCUGUGGACGAGAUGGGGACCUCAGAGGCGGAGCGGCUCUACUUGCGUGAACAAAUCCUGCGAGAGGAGUCUGCAACGUUGAUACAACAGGCGUGGCGGAGAUGCACGGCAGUGCGACAUCCUCGGCGCUCCUACACCGUGUGGUAG